GCAGCAUGAAGGGAGGAGGAGGAUCAAAGAGGAGAUUCCUCAGGGCCUUCCUCCACUCAUGGAAGAAGCUCGGCGCCGCCGCGCCGCCCGCGGCCGGCGACUGGGCUCCCCUCGACGGCGGGGAGGGCGCGAUCCCGAGCGACGUGCCCAGGGGCCACACGGUGGUGUACGUCGGCGAGGAGCUGCGCCGCUACGUCGUCAGGGUGUCGUCCCUCGACCACCCGCUGUUCCGCGAGCUGCUCGACCGCGCCCGGGACGAGUACCAGUUCGCCGCCGCCGACGCGAGGCUGUGCAUACCCUGCGACGAGGACAUCUUCCUCGGCGUCCUCUGCCAUGUCGACUCCAAGCAGGAGCACUGGAGGCUCGUCUCGCUUUGCAGAUAG